AUGGGUGAUCCAGUGAAUGAAGUUGAUCCGGUAGAGGAAUAUGUAAAUGAAAAAUCUGUUGGGAUUAGUUUAGUAGAGGCCAUAUCUGAUAAUGAUAGAGAUACUGCCCAAAAUUCUCAGGCCCUAAUACUGUGUCUACUGAGGGCCCUUCCACAUAAGUUCAAAUGUUCAAUUACUGUUGACAAUACUAUUUCUAAUGAUGUUGCCAUUCGGAUCUUGAAAGAUGAUUUUAGGUUGAAGAAAACACUGUCUCAUGGAUUUGGGGAGAUUAAGGAUAUUGUUGAUUAUGUUAGAGAUGGUAUAAAAUAUCUGGUAGCAUCAGAGAGUAGGCUAAAACAGUUUAGUGAAAUUGCAAAACAGUUACAAUUGCUCUCAAAGAAACUGAUUUUAGAUGUGCCUACAAGAUGGAACAACACUUAUUUAAUGUUGGAUAUUGCAAUUCAGUUCAAAGAAGUUUUUCGUAGAUAUGGUGAUAAAGAUAGAUGUUUUGAAUGGGUUCCAACUGUUGAAGAGUGGAGUACCAAUAUUGUAUCUGGAAGUGAUUAUCCAAUAGCAAACUUAUUUCUUUCUGAAGUUUGGAGAAUGAAGGACAUCUUAGGUAAGAAGAGUAGAGAUGAGAAUGAGUACAUGAAAUCAAUGUUUUGUUUUCUUUUAAUUUAUCAUGGGUCGGAGGCUGCUAAGAAUAUUGAUCAUGUCUCUGCUAUGUUGCUUGAGUUAUAUAAUGAGUAUAUUCAUGAAUACAAUUCAACUCCUGAGGCACAAAGAGAGCAGGAUAAUGCUCGAAUGAAUCCUAGUAAAUUAGAACUGGACAAUUAUUUAGAAGAGAGCAUUUAUAUUUGUGAAGAGAGUUCAGAUGCAAGUUUUGAUGCCUUGGAAUGGUGGAAAACAAAUAAUCUCAAGUUUCGAAUUUUGUCCAAACUGGCUCGAGAUAUUUUGGCUACUCCAAUUACCACAGUUAGCUUAGAAUCAACAUUUAGCGCAGGAGGCAGAGUCAUUAAUCCUCAUAGAGCUUCAUUGAAGACUGAAACUGUCCAGAUGUUGUUAUGUUGGUCUGAUUGGGUUAGAGCAUUAUAUGGGCUUAAAAGAUCAUCAACAAAUUCUUUGGCCAUCUAUAAAAUGUCUGGCUGA